AUGCUCUUCACCGACGCCACAAUCAUCACCGUCAACGAGAAACGGGAGAUCCUCCUUGACGGUGCCAUACUUGUUCAAAACAACAUUAUUGCUGACAUUGGCAACUCAGAUGUGAUGAAGGGUCUUUAUCCCACUGUUCAGCAGAAGUCUCUUUCCGGACACAUCAUCAUUCCUGGUCUCGUUUCAACCCAUAUGCACACGGCCCAGACACUGAUUCGAGGUGCAGCCGAUGACCUUGAACUUGUCUCCUGGCUUUGCGAGCGUAUUUGGGUAUUCCAAGGCAAUUACACAGAGGAAGAUGCCAGAGCAUCUGUAGAAAUCAGUAUCGCGGAGAUGCUGAAGACUGGGACCACUUGUUUUCUCGAAAGCAUGUUUGCCGAUAGGUAUAAUUUCAAUAAUCUCUGCGAUGUUGUUGAGAAGUCUGGCAUUCGAGGGUGCCUUGGCAAGAUUGUAAUGGACAUUGCACGUUAUGCAAAUAACUCCCAAUGGUCGAUGCACCCCGGCAUGAUCGAAACCAAGGAACAAUCCCUCGGAGGAGCCAUAAAGAUGUGGGAGAAGUGGAACGGCGCAGCCAAUGACAGAAUUCGGGUGUGGUUUGCCCCACGACCUCCUGGCGGGUAA